UUUUAGAAAAAAGAAAGACGAGGAAUUCCUACAUUUAGUGGUCCUCUCAACUGGUUUUUGAUUUCAAAAUGAAACAUCUAGAUAAUGGUGAAGAUUUACCUGACCAGGAUUUAGAAAUGAAUAUUUCAUCCGAUAAUGAUUGCAGAAAGGAUAUUUCCCCUAAUAAAAAUGAUGAAGCUAAAGUGUCAUCCGUUUUGGACCAGGUAGAGCAAAAGGCUAGAGAAGCUGUAAAUGUUUUACUAAAAGUCAGUGAAAAAAGUGGAAAGAAAAUGUUGUUUCCUGAAAUUGACCAGUUGCUUCAUGUUCAGUUCGUUUAUAAGAAACCGGGUAGUACACACACUGGGCACAAUGUCAGACGUUUCAUUCUACCGCAUGCAUUGUAUGAAAAAGACAGUACGACUGUCUGCUUGAUUAUGCGAGACUUAGAUCAAUCGGCAAAAGCGAAAUUUGAUCCCGAUGUUGACAAACAAGCGAGACUAUGGACCGAAAAAUUGGAGUUUGAAUUCGGGGUUACCAAAGAGCACGUGCAGAAGGUUUUAACAAAGCGACAACUGGAAAGAGAGUAUCAUUCUUACUACGACAGACGUCAGCUGGCAUCUGCGUAUGAUAUCUUUUUGGUCGACGCUGUAGUUGAGAAAAGUGUUAUACGUUUUUGUGGCAAAGAAUUUCAUAAGGCAAAAAAGAUUCCUUUGAGAUUAUCAAUGCAUCGACGCAGAUCUUUGGUAAAGGAGAUCGAGAAGGCGUAUUAUACCGUCACAUUUCCGCUUUUUCCAUUCCGUACGCGAACGAGUCUUCGCAUCGGAAAUCUGAGUAAUCCUAUCGAUCACAUUGUAGAAAAUGUACGUGCAGCUGUUGACAGAGUGUUUCAAUAUUGCCCCGGUGGUUUAUACAAUGUUCAUUCAAUAAGUCUACAAAUGGUGGUAGGUGGUCCGUCAUUACCUCUCUACGUUGAUGCCGGGUCUAGAAAUGCGGUCAGCUUACCUAUGCCCAUGAAAAGGAAAGAUCUCAUAGCGAAAAGAGACAAAAAAGCAGUUGCUGAUGAAUUGUCGACAUUACCAGAAGGCUUAGAAGUUUUGGUAUAUGGAGACGGUGAAGUGAAAGUGCUGGAUUCAGACACUAAAAAACCUGUGCUCUAUCCGACGAUUAAUGAUGAGUGGGAGGCGGGCGAUGACCUAAAACCGCUAAUAAACCCUGCUGAGCAAAAAAAAUCACUGGAAAGGCGUCGCAAACUGAGAGAAAAAAGGAAAAAAGUACGAGAAGCUAAGAAACGACUUUUAUUGCCAUUGAAAGAUGGGGUUUCGAAAAUGAAAGGCUUGAUGAAGAAAAAGAAUAAUAAACGGAAUAAAAUCGAUGGAUUUGGGAACAUAAAGCAGAAGCUGAAGAGUUAAAUGGAGAUUAAUAAAAAUGUUAAUUGCACUGAAGUGUUAAAAUGUAAAAGGAAACAAAGCAAAAAAACAAUCUGAAAUCGAAUAAAAUGUACGGAUGUAAUGGCAGGAACCGAUUUGAAAUACUUAGUGAAAUAAUAGCUCGCUUUCAAAUGCGUUUUUUUGUACGUUUUUUGAAUUUAUUGCCGAAUACUUAUUAAGAAUUAAAUAAAACUGAUAUCAAUGACAAA